AUGAAUCGACAACAAGAUCUGCCUGACACAUUCAGGAUCCCUCAACCUGGCUCACCUCCACAAUACACGAGGGAGUGGGAGAAGAUUGGAAGAGCGAAGACGAAGAGAGACGAAGACGACGAAGACGACGACAACGACGACAACGACGACAACGACGACAACGACGACGACGACGAAAAGGAAGAGGAAGAAGAAGAAGGAGAAGGAGAAGAAGACGGAAAAGACGAAAAGGGAAAAAAGAAGGUAAAUCGAUCUGCGUUUCAAACCUGA